AUGGAAAUAGUGAGUCCAGCUCCCGAGUCCAGCUCCAGAGUCCAGCUCCAGAGUCCAGCUCCAGAGUCCAGCUCCAGAGUCCAGCUCCAGAGUCCAGCUCCAGAGUCCAGCUCCAGAGUCCAGCUCCCGAGUCCAGCUCCAGAGUCCAGCUCCAGAGUCCAGCUCCAGAGUCCAGCUCCAGAGUCCAGUUCCAGAGUCCAGCUCCAGAGUCCAGCUCCAGAGUCCAGCUCCAGAGUCCAGUUCCAGAGUCCAGCUCCAGAGUCCAGCUCCAGAGUCCAGCUCCAGAGUCCAGCUCCCGAGUCCAGCUCCCGAGUCCAGCUCCCGAGUCCAGCUCCAGAGUCCAGCUCCAGAGUCCAGCUCCAGAGUCCAGUUCCCGAGUCCGGCUCCAGAGUCCAGCUCCAGAGUCCAGCUCCAGAGUCCAGCUCCAGAGUCCAGCUCCAGAGUCCAGCUCCAGAGUCCAGCUCCCGAGUCCAGCUCCCGAUCUGUGGUCUGCUCUACAGUCUGUGGUCUGCUCUACAGUCUGUGGUCUGCUCUACAGUCCUUGGUCUGCUCUACAGUCUGUGGUCUGCUCUACAGUCUAUGCUCUGCUCUACAGUCUAUGUCUGCUCUACAGUCUGUGGUCUGCUCUACGGUCUGUGGUCUGCUCUACAGUCUAUGCUCUGCUCUACAGUCUACGGUCUGCUCUACAGUCUGCUCUACGUCUGUGGUCUGCUCUACAGUCUGUGGUCUGCUCUACAGUCUGUGGUCUGCUCUACAGUCCUUGGUCUGCUCUACAGUCUGUGGUCUGCUCUACAGUCUAUGCUCUGCUCUACAGUCUAUGUCUGCUCUACAGUCUGUGGUCUGCUCUACGGUCUGUGGUCUGCUCUACAGUCUAUGCUCUGCUCUACAGUCUACGGUCUGCUCUACAGUCUGCUCUACGUGGCUCUCGGUCCAAAAGUGGCUCUCGGUCCAAAAGUGGCUCUCGGUCCAAAAGUGGCCCUCGGUCCAAAAGUGGCUCUCGGUCCAAAAGUGGCCCUCGGUCCAAAAGUGGCUCUCGGUCCAAAAGUGGCUCUUGGUCCAAAAGUGGCUCUUGGUCCAAAAGUGGUUCUUGGUCCAAAAGUGGCUCUCGGUCCAAAAGUGGCUCUCGGUCCAAAAGUGGCUCUCGGUCCAAAAGUGGCUCUUGGUCCAAAAGUGGCUCUUGGUCCAAAAGUGGUUCUUGGUCCAAAAGUGGUUCUUAGUCCAAAAGUGGCCCUCGGUCCAAAAGUGGCUCUCGGUCCAAAAGUGGCUCUCGGUCCAAAAGUGGCCCUCGGUCCAAAAGUGGCUCUCGGUCCAAAAGUGGCCCUCGGUCCAAAAGUGGCUCUCGGUCCAAAAGUGGCUCUUGGUCCAAAAGUGGCUCUUGGUCCAAAAGUGGUUCUUGGUCCAAAAGUGGCUCUCGGUCCAAAAGUGGCUCUUGGUCUAAAAGACCUGCCUAACCCUAACCCACUGGAGGACCUGCCUAACCCUAACCCACUGGAGGACCUGACUAACCCUAACCCACUGGAGGACCUGCCUAACCCUAACCCUAAUCCACUGGAGGACCUGACUAACCCUAACCCUAACCCACUGGAGGACCUGCCUAACCCUAACGCUAACCCCACUGGAGGACCUGCCCUAACCUAA